AAAAUAUUUGUUUAUUAAGAUUAACAUACCUUGUGCAGAUGAAAGUUGGAGGGCAUCUAUAUGGGUCAAGUUCCGGUCACCAGGAACUACUCGGCGAAGUUCUUGACGACGAUAGCACCGUAGCGGAUGCAUUUAUCUACAGCUAUAAGGAGAGCUUCACCGGUUUCUCGGCAAGUCUCACACAAAGUGAACGGCAAAAGCUGAUGAGGAGGAGAGAAGCAAUAGAUGAUGCGAUCGAGGACAAGGUUGACAUCAUAUCGUAUUCUCAGGGGUUUAAAUCUACGUUGCAAAAAGAUAAAGUCUCGUGGGCAUUCUUGAGAGCACUUAAGAAUGGAAUUUUGACUUCAGCCGCGGCCGGGAACUAUGGGAACUAUUAUUACAAAGUCACCAAUGGCGCACCUUGGGUCAUGACCGUUGCAGCGAGCUUGAAAGAUAGAUAUUUAGAGACUAAGUUGGAGUUGAAAGGAGAAGAUAAGCCAAUCAUUGUGUACGACACGAUCAACACCUUUGAGACACAAGAUUCUUUCUACCCACUUUUGGAUGAAAAAGCAUCCGCUGAAUCAACAAGAAAACGUGAACUCAUCGCUGAGAGCAACGGUUACACAAUCUUGUCCAACUAUGAGAAGGAUGAAGGAAAAGAUGUUUUCUUUGAAUUCGCUCAAAUCAACCUCUUGGACAAAGCGAUUAAAGAGAGAGAGAAAGGCGCAAUCGUAUUGGGAGGUAGAUCUUACGACUUCAAUGAGUCGAAAAAGUUACAAUUUCCUAUCGCUUCUAUAUUUUUGGACGAACAAAAGCAAGGUAAACUAUGGGAGUACUAUAAAAAAGAUCAAAGCAAAGAAACCAAAAUCCACAAGACCGAGGAAAUUCCACGAGAAGAGGGAUGGGUUCCAACUGUUGCUCAUUUAUCAUCGAGGGGUCCUAAUUGUGACAGUUUCCUAGCAAACAUUCUCAAGCCAGAUAUAGCUGCUCCGGGGUUAGACAUCAUAGCGGGUUGGCCCGAGAAUGUGAAACUUUCAUCAGACCGCCCCUCCAACGAUUACCGCCAUCUCAGGUUCAACAUAAUGUCAGGAACUUCCAUGGCUUGCCCUCACGCCACUGGACUUGCCUUGUACCUCAAGUCGUUUAAACGUUGGUCUCCAUCCGCUAUUAAGUCUGCCCUCAUGACCACUUCCACGGAAAUGACGGAUGAGGGCUAUGAGUUUGCAUAUGGGUCAGGUCACUUAAACGCUACAAAAGUCCGAGACCCGGGUUUGGUCUACGAAACACAUUACCAAGACUACAUAGAUUACAUGUGCAAACUAGGUUACAACACCGAGAAGCUAAGAUCACACGUUGGAAGCGACAAGAUAGAUUGCUCCAAGACAGAGAUAGACCACGACGCCGACCUCAACUAUCCAACUAUGACGGCUCGAGUCCCCCUGCCCCUGGAAACCCCAUUCAAAAAAAUCUUCCAUAGAACGGUCACAAACGUUAACGACGGAGAUUUCACUUACCUCGGAGAAAUCAACUACCGAGGUGACAAGGACUUUGACGAGAUCAUUGUAGAUCCUCCAGAGCUAAAAUUUAGCGAGUUGGGAGAGACCAAGACUUUCACGGUGACUGUCACCGGAAUAUCGAAGCGGAAUUGGAAGAAGAACAAGGCGUUUAUGACGAGGAACACGUGGCUCACGUGGACGGAGAAAGACGGUUCCCGCCAAGUCAGGAUUUCCGUCGUAUGUUCGAGUAGAAUGUUGGGGCCAUCUCCGGACAAUCCGCUAAUGAAGGUUUAUCUCGUCCAUGUUGAUUUUGAAUUGUAUCAUGGUGACUGUAAGCAAUACCAACAACUUCUCAAAAAGGUGGUUCACGGAAGGUCACCAAAAGAUGCUCUUGUAUAUUGCUACAAGGAAGUCGUGAGCGGGUUUGCAGCAAAACUUACCGAUGAAGAGGCUAAAAAAUUAAUUGGUGAGAAAGGGAUUUAUGGUGUAGAUGAAGACGAAGUAUACUCCAUGAACGUCGAACCCUAUAGCCAUAGGUUGGCAAAGGAUAUUAAUAACUAACUACUGUAGUUACUUAAUAUUGUGAGGGUUUUCUUUUUGUUCGGUAAAUUACUCUUGUAAGGUUCACUUGAAAACUUGGAAAGAGCUAAAAACAAAAGAAAGGAUGAUUUGAAAU